CCUUUUUCUUUCAUUAAAUAAAAAGAAACACUCUUUCACCACCCAUUCCUAAACUCACUUCUCUCUUUCCCUUCUCUCCAUUCGCCAUGGAAGCAGGCGCUGGACUUGUUGCCGGCUCUCAUAACCGGAACGAGCUUGUUGUCAUUCAUGGACAUGAAGAGCAUAAGCCAUUAAAGAACUUGGAUGGUCAAGUUUGUGAGAUAUGUGGUGAUGAAAUUGGAUUAACAGUUGAUGGAGAUUUGUUCGUAGCUUGCAAUGAGUGUGGUUUUCCUGCUUGUAGGCCUUGUUAUGAGUAUGAAAGGAGAGAAGGGACCCAAGUUUGCCCUCAGUGCAAAACUAGAUACAAGCGUCUUAAGGGGAGUCCCAGGGUGGCAGGAGAUGACGACGAAGAGGAUACAGAUGAUAUUGAGCAUGAGUUCAACAUUGAAAAUGAGCAGGACAAGAACAAGCAUCUUACAGAAGCAAUGCUUCAUGGGAAGAUGACUUAUGGAAGAGGUCGUGACGAUGAAGAAAUAAAUACCCAAAUCCCACCUGUUAUAGCUGGUGGCAGAUCAAGACCUGUGAGUGGAGAGUUCCCUGUCGGAUCUUAUGGAGAUCAGAUGUUGGCUUCUUCACUUCAUAAAAGGGUGCACCCAUAUCCAGUUUCUGAGCCUGGAAGUGCAAGAUGGGAUGAAAAGAAAGAAGGAGGGUGGAAGGAAAGGAUGGAUGACUGGAAACUGCAGCAGGGCAGUCUGGGACCUGAAGAUGAUGACCCUGAUGCAGCCACGUUGGAUGAGACAAGGCAGCCACUGUCAAGAAAAGUACCAAUUGCAUCAAGCAAGAUCAACCCUUACAGAAUGAUUAUUGUAGCUCGCCUUGUGAUAUUGGCGUUCUUUCUUCGUUAUAGACUUAUGAACCCUGUACAUGAUGCUAUUGGUCUCUGGCUAACUUCUGUCACCUGUGAAAUUUGGUUUGCGAUUUCAUGGAUUCUUGAUCAGUUCCCCAAGUGGCUACCAAUUGAUCGGGAGACCUAUCUCGAUCGCCUUUCUCUCAGAUAUGAGCGGGAAGGUGAGCCCAAUAUGCUAGCUCCUGUGGAUUUCUUCGUCAGUACUGUGGAUCCAAUGAAGGAGCCCCCUCUUGUGACUGCAAAUACACUUCUCUCAAUCUUAUCUGUGGACUACCCAGUAGAGAAGAUCUCAUGCUACCUCUCUGAUGACGGUGCUUCCAUGUGCACCUUUGAAGCCAUGUCUGAAACUGCUGAAUUUGCUCGGAAAUGGGUUCCAUUCUGCAAGAAGUUCAACAUCGAGCCUCGAGCACCUGAGAUGUACUUCACUUUGAAGGUGGAUUAUCUCAAGGACAAAGUGCAGCCUACAUUUGUUAAAGAACGUAGAGCUAUGAAGAGAGAAUAUGAAGAAUUCAAGGUUCGGAUCAAUGCUAUUGUAGCAAAAGCACAGAAGGUUCCUCCAGAGGGGUGGAUUAUGCAAGAUGGAACUCCAUGGCCUGGAAACAAUACCAAGGAUCAUCCUGGUAUGAUUCAAGUGUUUCUUGGUCAUAGUGGAGGCCAUGAUGUUGAAGGGAAUGAGCUUCCUCGCCUUGUUUAUGUCUCUCGUGAGAAAAGGCCUGGAUUUGCACAUCACAAGAAAGCCGGUGCCAUGAAUGCCCUGAUUCGAGUCUCCGCCGUACUCACCAAUGCACCUUUCAUGCUGAACUUGGAUUGUGAUCAUUAUAUAAAUAACAGCAAGGCCGUCCGAGAAGCCAUGUGUUUCUUGAUGGAUCCUCAGAUUGGAAAGAAAGUUUGCUAUGUACAGUUUCCUCAAAGAUUUGAUGGUAUUGAUAGACACGAUCGAUAUGCAAACAGAAACACUGUUUUCUUUGAUAUUAACAUGAAAGGUCUAGAUGGAAUUCAGGGUCCAGUAUAUGUCGGGACAGGAUGUGUUUUCAGAAGGCAAGCUUUGUAUGGUUAUUUACCUCCAAAGGGCCCCAAGCGCCCAAAGAUGGUAAUGUGUGACUGCUGUCCAUGUCUUGGACGCCGCAAAAAGAAGAAUGCUAAGCAAGGUGCAAAUGGAGAAGUUGCAAAUCUUGAAGGAGAGGAUGACAAGCAGCUCUUAAUGUCACAGAUGAAUUUUGAGAAGAAAUUCGGGAAGUCGGCAAUUUUUGUGACUUCAACUUUAAUGGAAGAAGGUGGUGUUCCUCCUUCCUCCAGUCCUGCAGCUCUGCUUAAAGAAGCCAUCCACGUCAUCAGUUGUGGCUAUGAGGACAAGACCGACUGGGGACUUGAGCUGGGCUGGAUUUAUGGAUCAAUUACAGAGGAUAUCCUUACGGGUUUCAAGAUGCAUUGCCGUGGAUGGAGGUCCAUCUACUGCAUGCCAAAGUUACCUGCAUUUAAGGGUUCAGCUCCCAUCAACUUGUCAGAUCGGCUCAAUCAAGUGCUUCGAUGGGCUCUUGGUUCCGUUGAGAUAUUCUUUAGUCGUCACAGCCCUUGCUGGUAUGGCUACAAAGAAGGAAAGCUCAAGUGGCUUGAGAGAUUUGCAUAUGUGAAUACAACUGUCUAUCCUUUCACCUCCUUGCCACUUCUUGCCUAUUGUACCCUUCCUGCCAUUUGCUUGCUGACUGACAAAUUUAUCAUGCCAGAGAUAAGCACCUUUGCAAGUCUAUUCUUCAUUGCUCUGUUCCUAUCAAUUUUUGGCACGGGUAUUCUCGAAUUAAGAUGGAGUGGAGUGAGCAUUGAAGAAUGGUGGAGAAAUGAGCAAUUCUGGGUCAUUGGUGGUAUAUCAGCUCACCUCUUUGCUGUUGUGCAAGGUCUUCUGAAGGUUUUAGCUGGUAUUGACACAAACUUCACAGUCACUUCAAAGGCAACUGAUGAUGAGGAUUUUGCUGAACUAUAUGCAUUUAAAUGGACAACCCUCCUGAUACCACCGACUACCAUCUUAAUCAUCAACCUUGUAGGAGUUGUUGCUGGAGUCUCAGACGCUAUAAACAAUGGAUACCAAUCAUGGGGCCCUCUAUUUGGGAAGCUCUUCUUUGCCUUCUGGGUGAUUGUCCAUCUUUACCCAUUCCUGAAAGGUCUAAUGGGGCGGCAAAACAGAACACCAACCAUUGUUGUUAUCUGGUCAGUCCUCUUGGCUUCGAUCUUCUCCUUGCUUUGGGUUCGAAUAGACCCAUUUGUCAUGAAAACCAAGGGACCUGACACCAAGCAAUGUGGAAUCAACUGCUGAGAAGUUUGUAUACCUUUUCUUCUUUGAUAUGUGCAUCUCUGGGAAAAGCAUGUACAGUCUUGCUUAUACAAGUAUCAUAUAUGAUGCAUGAAUCGAAAAAUUGGAGAUGCAGAAGGAAUAAAGCUAGAGUGAAAUUCUUUGUGUAGCAAUUUGUAAUGAACCAAGUUUUGUAAUUGAAGUGAAAGAUUUGAUUCUCACA